AUGAAGAGGAUUAAAUUAACUUCACCAACCCAUAUCAAGAUGCUGUGGAAAAAAGUUUUGAUAAAAUACGAUAAAAUUGGUAAUCAAGUCAAAGGGAAACUUCUAUAAAACUAGAUACUUUAAAUGUUUUAGAAAUAGAUAAAUCAAAUAUGCGAUGAUCCUUUUAAUAAAGAGGACCUCAUCAUUAAGGACACUUUCACAACAUUCAAAAUGGAUCUAUUCUUCAAGAUAUUUAUCUAUCACCUGAUAUUUUUCCUGGGCUUAGGACCCUUUACGUUUAUUAUUCUCAGGCUAUUUGAAAGCAAGUAAUUUUUGAUUAAUAUGGCUUUUGAAGGCAAAGGUUCACAUUAUUGGAUUCAAAUUUCACAAUGGCUUUCAUUGAUAAUUCCUUUCUAUAUGUAUAUAUUUCUCAACGAUAAAGGCUUUAUGUCUUAAACAAUAAUAAUUUUGACCUUGGUUUAAACUAUUCUAAGGUGUAUGAUAGUUGCUGUAAGAUAUGCAACUACUGUAGCCUCAAUUUUAAAAUACUAGAAAGAGAAAAUUUUAAAUUAGGAAGAAUAAAACACUGAGUGGAUAGUUGGUUGGAUUAACAUAACUCCUAAAUAGUUAGAUAUUGAAAUCAAGAACUGCAUGAUUAGGAACGAAGUAGAAAAUGUAUUCUUCAGACUAAAAUUUUUCCAUAAAAUAAAUGAGGAUUUCAAGAAUAGACUGCUUAAUUACAACUACGUAAAUGAGAAUAUAUAUGAUCCUGCCAAAGAAAAAAUUAUAAUUGAAAGCUUUUAAAAAAUAUAUCUGCAGUAAUAAGAAUAAUAAACUCUUAAGUCUAGUUAGAAAUUAGAUCAACAAAUAUUUAAGAUCAAAGCUGACUUAGAUAUACAGGUUUCAUUCCUAGAGACACCAACGAAAGAUGAUCUAUUUACUUAUUAUCCAGGCAGAUAAGUUUUUAGAGAAUUAUUCUUAAUCUGUGGGCUAUUUGCUCCUUCCUUUACUCUAAGAAAAUAUAUACCCGUAUGCCUCAUUCACAAUUUGCUGCCUUUAGCUAUUGAAGCCUAUCAUGACUCAUAGCAGAAUAGAAUUUAAGAGAAGUACAGCAGCUCAGUGUAUUGGGUUGUCUGGAUAUGA